AUGGAUGAGAACGGCAACUGGCUGCUCGACACGGUGAACGUGGCAGCCUUACACGGAGCGGUUCCUGACGUGUAUCAGGAGCUCACGGAUGGCUUACUUAUCAGCAGCGUCAAGGAGCUCAUCGGACGCUUCGGUGUUGCUGCUGAUAACACCACUCAACUACUCGUGUGCCUGAGGCAGGAGCCGUCGACAGCAAACGCUACACUUCCGCCAGCAGCCCAGCAGCGCCGCGGUGGCGACGGAGAUGUUGGGUUUUCUUCGCUGUGGAAUUAUCCUCCAUUCCCAACUGACCAGCCAAAUCUUCCUGAACCGGACGAGCUGGGGGGAUUUCUUCAACGACAUUUGCCUGUAUCGGUUCAAGUGGGGAGAACUCCCACCAAUCUGUUCGCUGAGGGGACUCAGGAGAUCGUGUGUGGAGAUCUCUUGGCGCGGAUUGACACCUUCUUGGAGAGUUGCGUGCCUGGACUCCCGGAGACCAGCUCGGAGGAGAGGUGGCACCUGUUCUACGAUCAAUUGAUUGAACUGAGCGUGCACAUUUGCCGCGCAAAGGGCAUGGACAUCAACUUCGUGAGGAACGCAGCUGACCCAACCGGAACCACGUUCGGCACCUUAAGACCCUGA